AAGAUUUCCAGGUUCAUUUCCAAUUUCUCCAUUUUCUCUCUCUUUUUUUUUGUUUUUUGAUUAAUUGUGCUUUCAGUGAAAAUAUCUGUUCCUUUACUGAAGAGAAACUAUUGGGUUAUUUUUUCUUGUGUAUUUUUUUCUUUUUGGGUUACACGCUGAUUGUGCUAUGUAAAACCUUAAUUGAAACCAAAUUGAAAAUCAAAAUAAGAUUGGGGAUGUGGAGGAACGGGUUAUUUUAUAGAAAUAACGAAGGACAAACUAACUAAUAAAUCAAAUUUUGACCAUUUCCCCUCUUUAUAGAUACAAUGUCAAUUAUAGCAAGUACUUGCCCGGGUUUUGCUUGUGUCUGUAUUUCUUUGGGCGUUAUGGUUUCUUCUUCGGUAUCUGAUGAGGAUGUAUUGAAGGUCAAGAUCUGCUGAUGGAAGAGAAAAAAGAAAGAGGGGAAAAGCAGAAUACAAAGUCUAGGUUAAUUCCUUCUGAGAAGAUGGCUGGAAUUCCAGGAUACAGUGCCCUUGCUCCCAAGACUAAGAAUCUGGUUAUGGCUGGAGGUUUGACAGGAUUUGUUUUUGGUGUGUACUACUACACUAUGAGAGCUGUUGGAGGCUCAGAUGAACUUCAAGUAGCCAUUGAUAAGUUUGAAGAGGCGAAACGCAGCAGUGAGGCUGAAGCAAGUUUGGCACCCAAGCCGUAAUUUUGUCCAAUAUGAAAGUGACACUGCAAUUAGGAAGUAGAACUGGACUUCAAUCAUCUUAAGCUUGUUGAACAACUGGUCCCGUUUCUCAUGUUUUGUGAACAUAUAUACUUUGCUGUAAAGAUAGUAAAGACGUUGAAUAUUUUUAAAGCACUCGUGUUGAGAUAAAUUUUCUUCUUUGAA